UAGCUACAGACAUGGCGGCUGUGGUGUUCUUGUCUGAUUCUGAGCCCAGAUAACGGCGGCUUUGACUGCCGUAACUCGCGUCUUUGCGCCGUCCGAGAAUAUGGGAAGGCUCGGCAUCAACAUGGCAAACAAGAAAGUUUACUAUGUAAGUUCUUCCAGGAGAGUGGUUGACCAGCAGCUAACUCAAGCUCAUAUGGCUUCCCACUACAACAGAAUUCUCUCUGCUAAAGCUUCUGUGGAUUGUUCUGUUCCAAAAAGCAUGCUAUUAAGUGUAAAAUAUCAAGACCAGCUACAGAGAAGAAAUCGACAAACACCAAACCAAAAAGGAUUCAUUUGUGCUAGAUCAGAAUCUUGGUCCAGCUCGGGCAGCAGUGGAAGAUUAACCUCUACUGAGCAUAUUAAGAAUCCAUCCAUGCAUGAUGUCACCAGAUGCUUAACAAUUGGUUGCAUGACUCCGAACCGAACCAUUGCCUCUGCUCAGGAUUUUUCAACAUUACCGUCCACUCCCAGAAUUGAUAAGGAAACUCAGAAAAUAUUUACAAAAUGCUACUCAGACUUGAGCCCCAGGACCUCAGCAUCUUCUCGGCUGCAUUGUAAAACUUUCCGUAGCUCCUCAGCUGGCUUUGCAAAUAGCCAGCUUUACUGUAGAUCAUUUCAGGAUGCACACCAAAAAACAUACAGUGGUGAUGUCUUGGAAAAACAUGCUCACUGCUUUACAAACGGACAACGGUUCAGUCCACGCAUUUUAAAGAAAGAAGCACAGUCUUUUCUGGCCCAUUAUAGGUAUUAUACUCCUGUGAAAAAGAAAAAUCUGUCCAAAAAGAAUCUACUGACACAAGAAACACAGACUGAUUUCAACAGCGCUCAAGAUUCAUCACUGGAGAACAAGAAAGGUUGUUCGCAUUUGACUUCAUCACAGGCUGAAUAUAAUAAGCAGAUAUGCUCUGAAUAUGAAGAGGACAGGGAUGAUCACCCUCAUAAUUUGGAUUGUGAAAAGCUACAAGAAUGUUUUGAAUGUCCUUGUCACAACUGUGUUCCAAGGUCAUCGUCAAACAAUAGAAUCAAGUCACCAAUUAUGAGAAAAAUUGAGGCUGAGGAAGAGGAAUUAAAGUAUCUGGAAUUCAUCUCUGAUGUCACCAGCGAGAUAUUAACUCGAGGAUUAUUUUCAAACAGGGUUUUAGAAAAUAUAUUUGAACGUCGAAUAGAAGAAAACAAGCAUCGAUUAGAUGAACAGAAAUUACGCUUUAUGCUGGACGAGCUAAAAGAAGAUUUGGACUGUAAAUCAGAGAAAAUUCCAAGGACCAGCGGUUGUAAAACUCUGUUUGAAGAAUCGAAAUUUGCAAAGUUUAAUAACUAUAAUUCUUUGGAAAAUGCAAAGAUUGCUGCUAAGUGGAAAGAAGAUACUGGCAUAAUUGCUGACAUUUCAUUUGGCAGGGAAUCUGGUAACACAAUGGAUCAUAGAUUCAAUGGAAUUUUAAGCACUGAUGUUGGUUACAGUCAGAAUACUACUGAGAACAAAUAUUCUGACAUUUGUGGAGAACACAUUAAGCAAGUUCAAGACUCAGAGCAAGAUCAUUAUCUGAUUUCAAAUUGUGUGGAUCAUUCAGGCUAUUUCACAGACUGUGUUGCUGAUUUAGACAAUGUAGCAGAUCUGACGGAGAUUGAUAAUCUUGCAGUGUCUUUUCAUUCUGUUAACGUUAAGGAACACUAUGAAUCUGAAGAUGCUCAAGUUCAGUCUGGGUUAAGUAAUGAGUCAGAAACUGCUUUUGAUGAUGGCAUUAACUUGUUAUGCUUGUAAUUCAUUAUAAUUCACACUUGAUAGCCAUGGAUCAUAACAAAAUUCUAUAUCUUUCUGUGUUCAUAUUAACAUAUUUAACAAGUUGAGAGGGUAUUUUUCUUGAACUCUGCAAUAUUUUCUGCAACAUUUUCAUGAUCUAAUAUAUUUUACAGUUACAAAGGCAGUAUACAUAUUUUUUGUCGUGAAAAUAAGUGAACAUCCAGGUUUUUUUUUGCUUUUGGUAUUCUAGGCAACGGCUGCAGCACAUAAACUACCUCCUGUAUCAUCUUGACUCUUCCACAGCUCUGUCACUGUGGGAGAAAGAAGGUGAAUCUUUUUUUUUUAGGAAAUUAGUACUAUUUUAUUACAAUUAACUUCUAAGAGGAGUCAUGAAAUCAUUCUGUAUCUCCAAUCUGCUUCCUACAGCUUCCCUAAAAUGAAGUGCUUGCAUUUAGAGUCUGGGUGCACUUUUGCCAUGCCCUACUCUGUCAUGCAGUACAUUGGUAUGCCAAUUAAAUUUAAUUUCAAAUACUUUAUUGUUCAUGUAAGUUAAACAAGUACUUAGAGUAAUGAUACAGAAUGCAUUAAUUCCUAAAAGAUACAGUGACUAUGUUCAACUGAAGUGUCUUAUGAUCCUGAAUUCAUAGAAUAUAGAUAUUCACACGAUUAGCAUCAUUUAAUCUUCCUUAUGCUCUGUUUUUACUUCACAACUGCUGGUUUAUGACAGCUUGAGAGUGAUAUAAGAGUCUUGAUGAAAGGUCUUAGUCCGGAACGUUGACUAUGUAUUCCCCUCAGUGGAUGCUCCCUGGCCUGCUGAGUUCCUCUAGCAUUUUGUGUGUGUUGCUCAGGAUUCCCAGCAUCUAUAGAAUCACUUGUGUUUAUGAUUAUGACUGAAAUCUCCUUACACUUAAUGUAACUUCUUGCUUGGCAACCAGAACACUUCAGGAAGCAUGUGAUGGUUGAAGCAGAUAUACAGAAUAAAUUUACUUCAAUAGAUCCAGAGGUGAGAUGUCACAAUUGAAUGUAGAGAUGGAUUUAUUCUUUGUGGAGAAGAGAAGAUGGUUUUAAAAAUGGGAUUUAAAAUAAUGAAAGACUUGGAAUUUUAAAUAAUUGAAGGGUAGUAACAAGGUGACACAGAUUCCUGACUAGGGGAUCAUGAAUCUUUUCUACAUUACAAAUCAUUGAGAUUUGAAAUAUCCCAUGUUAUGAUGAGACAGAUUUAAAGGUUGCCUUCAAAAAGACUGGACAAAUAUAUAUAGAUUAAAAUAAUUGGACUCUAUAGACCACACACCCCUCCCCUUGCAUAACCUUGCCACUCUAUGAUUCUAUAAGUGUCCUAUGAAGUAAUAAGACCCCUAGAUUGAAACCUGUGUUCAUGAUGUCAGAUAUUAGAAGUUUGUGAUAAUUGUAGUCGAGAAAUUUCUGCGGUGAGCAUUUGCAGUGGGCUCAACUGCAUUUGUGAAUUAAAAUAUGAGACGUGUGAUUAAAAGAUGAAGAUAAAAUUUGUGGGUGUACCAUGUUUUUGGGUUUAUGUGGCAAUUCAGUUGAAUAUACAUAGUUCCCUUUCAAUACAGUCUUGUUCUCCAUGUAGAUUAUUCUAAAUAGUGUACAUAUGAUAUAUAUAUGAGUAAAAGUUAUAUUUUAUAUAGUAUACUAAAACCUAUUGGUUAUUUAUAAAGCUUUACCAUUGUAACAUGAACAUAUUGAUGCAAGCUACGUUAAGCAAAAAUGAAAAAAAUCAUGUAAAGUUAUUGAAGAGAUUUAAUAUAGUGCUGAAGAGAUUUAAUAUUGUUCUAAAGUUGAAUAGACUAUUUAUGAACUUUAACAUAAAAUAAAGUCUAUAAAAUAAUUUUUGAUAUAUAAAUUCACUGGUUGAAAAAUAUACUCGAGCAGUCCACUCUCGUUCUUACAGAGGGAUGAGCUCUGUGGAGGCAAGUGCUCCUUAUUCCAAGUAAAUUUAUAAUAUCAAUUGAGAACUGUGCGAGAAAUGGAAAGAUGUUACACUGGUUUGCUACAAAAGACAGAUCAGAGAGAUUUUUACCCUACACCUAACUGCUAUACUUGACUUGCUAAUAGACAGGAUCAUGUGAAUAUACCUGCUUUCGAUAUGAAAGAAUCCAUCUUUCUGGGUCUAUGAAACCUUGAGUCAAUAUGAGGUCUUUAGCAGUGAACUGGUCUAAGUUAACACAGCCUUGACCUUGGAAUGUCUGAUGGCCUUUGAUAUAAGCUUUCAAAGUCCAAACUACAUGUAAUUAUUUGAAAUAUAAGACACUUGGAAAUAAUUAAGACAUGAAACUAAAGUAAAAUACUUCAAAAAUAUUUACACACCUUCCCUUGAGAAUCACUGGGUUGUCCCACCAUACACCUGGUCAGAUGUGGGACUGCAUUAGACUCAUGGUUUACCCAGCCUUGUUUUAGGCAGAGCAUGCAAGGAAGUUUCAUUAACGUUCCAAUGGCUGAAAGCCAGUGAUAUGGAUUGGAAAUGCUGAUGUCUUUAAUAUCUGAUUCCAGAACUGAGAAUAAGGGCAUAUUUUUGGUUCCUAUUUAAUAACUGUUAUCCUUGAUUGGCACAUUUAAGAAUGAGACGUCUUAGUUAUAUUUAAAUAUUUAUACCAAAUUAGAAUAAUACAUUGGUACCCUAUUUAGUGCUAGUCCACAGAACUCUGGUUCAUAAAAAAAGUUACAAUCGGAACACUCAACAGGAAUGUACCCCUUUGUUCUUUAAUAAAGUCAUGUGCCGUAGUACUGGAUAUUUGGUAAAUCCCUACUAUCUUGCUUACACUGCUGCGUCAGGAUUUCUAUGAAACUACUGAAAUCCCUGCUCACCACUCGUGCUCCCCCAGGAAUGAAAUGUCCCAUGGCCCAGUGUAAAGAGAAUGCCAAUGAGGGCUGACGUUUGGUGGGUUGGGCUGAGCAUUGUGGCUACUCUGCAGGGGUAUUACCUGGAAGGCCUAAUAAAAGCAGUCCAUGGCUGGAGACUGGUGGCGCCUGCUCCAUGUGUUGACAGUCUAUCUAGAUUCUAUCGUCUUUCAUCUCACUUACUGUUAAACUUAAUGAUAGCUGCUGCCUCUCCACUCCUUUUUUAGCUGCACAGUUCACCCAGGCCUGGAGGUUAUGGUAACAAGCUCAAUGAAUAUCAACCAAUGACAAGUUUGUUACCCAAAAGAAACAUCCAGAAUGGGAAUAACUGUGCUGCCAAACAAAGAGGAGGAGACAGCAACUUCCAUCACAUUUAAUAAGGAGGUGAUGAGGGAGACUAGAAUCCCGGCAGUCUAUCAUCAUGUGAGUCCAGCCCUGAGGCCCAUUUGUCAUACUGAGUGAUCCCACCACCACUCACUGCACAAGCAGCUUCUCCGCCCAAAAUCGGAGGGUGGUUCAUUGCUGGAUUUGUGUCAGGUCCCAGCACAGCAGCAGAUCAAAAACAAAAAUGUGAAGAGUUUUCAGCAUUCUUCCUACAGUGCAGCACAGUCAGCAACACAUAUAAUGCUACAAUGACCCUUUCUUGCCCUAAUUCCAUUAGCACUCUUAUACCUGGGAACACAUCCUGCAUAGUAUUAAUCUGAUUUAAACUGUUAGUUGAAGAGUAUUGUUUCGGAAUUUCUAUAGUUAUGAUUUUUUUAUUUCACUUAUAUAACUGAACUAUUCCUAUACUCCUAUUUAAAAUAAUCUAUUGCAAAAGAACCAGAGUAAGUAGAAUCCAGUUAAAAUAAAUUCGAUCACCUGUCCUCAAGUUCUAUGUGUUGAGUUAUUAUUUAAGUGUUACUUUAUUGUUUAAAGCAACUUGUAGAUGGAAAAUUGCAAAUACAGUGGAUUCUAGUUAAUAGGGAAACAUCGCGACCAGUACGUGUUAGCUCAAUAAAGCGUUGUUAGCUGAAGUUUCAUAGAAACAGUUAAAAAGGUAUA